AUGGUUGAUACUCAAAAAAUUGUUGGAAUAGUAUUCUCUAAAUUAGAAUCAUAACGAUCUCAUCCUACUUAUAUUUUGACAACUAAGACUGGCAACAUGAUUUAUAGAUAAGCAUCUAAUUUACCAUCUGAAUAAAUUGAAAAGUUUAACCUUAUUUUUAGUAAACAUUUUGCAGAUAAAUUGUAUCCAACUUAAAAAAAAAGACUCUUUUAUAAAGGAACUGAGUUAGAAGUUAGUGAUUUAGAAUUUGAUGAUGAUGAUUUCGAUGAUUCUAAGUCCACUAAAUAACAUUGUAAUUGUAAUUCUCAAUCUAAAUAAAUAAAUAAUUCUCCAGAUCAAUCUCUAAAUGCUACAUAAAAUAAUCAAUAAUAACCUUAAUCUAAACAAAAUGUUAAAUUAUCAUCAAUUAAUAUUUUGAUAUAUGAAAAAAUUGAGGGAGAAUUUUAAUAGGUUAGUAGAAUUGAUAGCAGUCAAAUUAAAAAUAUUAUAAAAUGGGAAUAAGCAAAUAUUGGAAGGAAAAAAUAAGUUAUGUUAUGUAUUUCAGAGAAUUGUUUUGUAAAAUUAGCAGAUUUAAGAUUUAAGAAUCCAUCGUUAGUUCUUGAUUUUGUUUUAAAUAACUGUAUACUUGUUAAAUGA